AUGAAACCAGCACUAGCCAAGUCUGCCAUUUUAAAUGGAGAGAUGUUGACGAAGGGUGUGAAAGAUGGGGUGAAGGACGUGAAGAAGGACGUGAAGAAGGAGAAGGAGAAGGAGAAGGAGAAGGAGAAGGAGAGGGAGAGGGAGAAGGAUAAGGAGAGGGAGAAGGAGGAGAAGAUGAAGAAGAAGAAAAAGAAGAAGAAGAAGAUCAUGGAGAAAGUGGAAGUCGAAAAGACUUACGCUACUGACAUAAAUCCGGAACAGCCUGAGCGAUGGCAAGGUUCAACUGCAAUUGUGUCUCCAAAAGAUAAUAUGUUCGUUUCCGAUACAAAUCUCCAGCCCGGUGAAGAGAAUGUUGGAGUUCCCAAGUACCCGGAGGAUUUCGCGCCAAAUCUAAGAGAUAUAGGAGAAUUUCAUCAAGCCACUAUGAAUAACAAUGUGCAAAUACUUAAGGAGAACAUGCAGAAGAUGCUGGAAAAUGAAAUUAGGCCAAAUCCACAUAUGAAAACUUGCGAGGAGAAGAUACAAAAUAUACUAGAUGAUCAUGAAACUAGGUCAGGUCAGCUUGUAGAUAUGCUAAUGUCGAAUCUGAGUAAACUAGUCACCGUCGGAGCUGAUGCCACUGUAGAUAAAGAGAAUUUGACUAGUUAA